AUAAAUUGAUGUAAUGCCUUUCCUCCCAAUUUGGUGGCAAGUUAUUUUGAGAGCAAAAAAGUGCAGUGGCUGUCCCUUAGAUGAACCAACAAAGAUUGGUGGAGAGCCUCCAACAAUUCCGCCACAUUUUGAAAACAUGCAUAGCCCAGAGAGACCUCUUAACUGGCAAAUCUCUGCAUACCCUUUACAUCAAAUCACUCAUUCCACCGUCUACUUACUUCUCCAACCAUUUCAUCCUUCUCUACUCUAAGUGUGGCCUUCUUACCACUGCUCGCAGGGCUUUUGAAGCUACCCCUGAACCCAAUGUCUUCUCCUUCAAUGCUAUCCUUAAUGCCUAUGCUAAAGAAGCUCAGCCCCACCUUGCCCACCAGCUGUUUGAUAAAAUUCCCCAACCGGAUAUUGUUUCUUACAACACCCUUAUAUCUGCUUAUGCUGAUCUUGGUUACACCCUGCCUGCUCUUCGGCUCUUUCUUGAUUUGAAGGACACGGGUCUUGCUAUGGAUGGGUUUACUCUUUCAGCUGCUAUCACGGCUGCGAAUGAUAAUGUUGAUUUCAUUACCCAGCUUCAUUCAUUGUCUAUAUCCGCUGGGCUUGACUCUUAUGCUUCGGUUAAUAAUACUCUCAUCACGUAUUAUAGCAAAAAUGGGCAUCUUGAUUAUGCGCGAGAGGUUUUUGCGUCAAUGGGUGAGAUAAAAGAUGAAGUUUCUUGGAAUUCGAUGAUUGUUGCUUAUGGGCAGCAUAGGGAAGGGAUAAAGGCGUUGGCUUUGUAUAAAGAAAUGGAACUUAGGGACUUAUAUUUAGAUAUGUUUACUUUGGCAAGUGUAUUGACAGCACUUACGUCCAUGGAAGACUUGAGUGGUGGGCUUCAAUUUCAUGCUCGGUUAAUCAGAAUGGGUUUUCACGAAAAUCCACAUGUUGGAAGUGGGCUGAUUGAUUUAUACUCAAAAUGUAGUGCUAGUAUGUCAGAGUGCAAAAAAGUAUUUCAGGAAAUACCUUAUCCUGACUUGGUCCUUUGGAACACAAUGAUUUCUGGAUAUUCACAGUCUGAAUUGUGUGAAGAAGCUGUUGCUUGUUUUAGACAAAUGCAGCUUGCUGGCCAUCAACCUGAUGAUUGCAGCUUCGUUUGUGUGAUUAGUGCAUCUUCUAACUUGUCAUCACCAUCGCAAGGGAAACAGAUUCACUCUUUGGCAAUCAAAUCUAGCAUUUCAUCCAAUCGUAUAUCAGUGAACAAUGCUCUCAUUGCAAUGUAUUCUAAAUGUGGAAGUCUACAAGAUGCAAGAUUACUUUUUGAUAGAAUGCCUGAGCAUAAUGCUGUCACUUUAAAUUCCAUGAUAGCAGGCUAUGCUCAGCAUGGGCAUGGAGCAGAGUCGCUGUUACUUUUUGCAUGGAUGCUUGAAAGAAAUAUUACACCUACAAACAUAACAUUCAUCUCUGUCCUAUCGUCAUGUGCACACACUGGAAAAGUCGAGGAAGGGAAGAAAUAUUUUGGUUUAAUGACUGAUAAAUUUGGGAUAAAACCAGAGGCUGAGCACUAUUUAUGCAUGAUUGACCUUUUGGGUCGAGCAGGAAAGCUCGAGGAAGCAGAGACACUAAUCGAAACAAUGCCAUAUAAUCCUGGUACAAUUGGAUGGGGCUCAUUACUUAGAGCAUGUCGAACACAUGGUAAUAUAGAGCUAGCAACAAAGGCAGCUAACCACUGUGUUCAGCUGGAUCCAUCAAAUGCGGCACCGUAUGUCAUGCUUGCGCACAUGAAUGCUUGUCUUGGCAGAUGGGAAGAGGUAGCAUCGAUUAGAAAAGAAAUGCGAGACAAGGGAGUGAGAAAGCAAGUGGGUUGUAGUUGGAUUGAGGUCGCCAAGAGGGUUCACGUCUUUGUGGCAGAAGAUAGUUCUCAUCCGAUGAUAAAGUUGGUGUAUAAAUUCUGGGAAGAGAUGUCAAAGAAGAUGAAGCAAGAAGGGUAUUCUCCCGAUUUGAAGUGGGCUAUGCUGAGAGAUGAUGGAACAAGGCAGGAGGAGAAAGAGAGAAGCUUAUGGCAUCACAGCGAAAAGCUGGCAGUUGCUUUUGGGCUUUUAUCGACCAAAGAUGGUGAACCUAUUCUUAUCAUAAAGAAUUUGAGAAUAUGUGGCGACUGUCAUAAUGCAAUUAAGAUUCUAUCUGGUAUGACAGGAAGAGAGAUUACAGUAAGGGAUUGCCACAGGUUUCAUUGCUUCAAGGCUGGGGCAUGUUCUUGUGGGGAUUACUGGUGAUAGCGGAUAAGUUUAGCAAUCAGAUGCUAAUCUAAUUCUAGUCAAUUCAUGUGAUCUCCAUGGGCUAUGGAGAGUGAAGUUGUGAAUGUUAUACAGUGUACUUUGAGUUAGUAAGAUGGACUAGAUUUUGUUCUAAAGAGUU